ACAGUCUGCUUCCGGCUAACAGGGAGAAACAUUCAGGUAAAACCACAGUGGGUCAUUUGGAGAACCAGUCGGCCACAACUCAGACCCAGUGGACGUGUCAUUGUAUAAUUUACAAAGAGCAAACUAAAUCAUGCUGCUUCGUAAAGUGAGCCAGUCUUCCGCGCUGUGCGGCGCCAUUCUCAGGAUUCCUCCCGUCCUAUCUGGAGGUCCUCGUCAUGCAGGGGCUGUGGCUGCUGCACAACACGCUCGUCUCUACGCCAGCCAAGCUGCAGAGGCUGUGCUGGAGAAGCCUGCUGCCGUCGGCACUGAAACUGCAACCAAAGUGGAAAAGAAGGCUGUUGAGACUGAAUCCAAAUCUUAUGCUGUCAACCUUUUCAAAGGACAGAUUCAGACUGCUCAAGUGUUUCCCUACCCCUCAGUGAUGAAUGAGGAGCAGGAACAGUUUCUCCGGGAGCUUGUGGGGCCUGUCAACAAAUUCUUCGAGGAGGUGAAUGACCCCGCUAAGAACGAUGCUUUGGAGAAAGUAGAGGAUCACACCAUGGAGGGGCUGAAGGAGAUGGGUGCCUUUGGCUUGCAGGUGCCCCCCGACCUGGGCGGCCUCGGCCUCUCAAACACACAGUACGCCCGGCUUGUCGAGAUCGUUGGAAGUCACGAUCUGGGCGUUGGCAUCACUCUGGGUGCCCACCAGUCCAUCGGCUUCAAGGGUAUCCUGCUCUUCGGGAACACAGCCCAGAGGGAGAAGUAUCUGCCUAAGCUUGCCACAGGAGAGACGAUUGCCGCUUUCUGUCUCACUGAGCCGGCCAGUGGCUCUGAUGCCGCCUCCAUCCGGUCCACAGCAGUCGAGUCACCCUGUGGGAAGUUCUUCACUCUCAGUGGCAGCAAGAUCUGGAUCAGCAAUGGAGGUAUCGCUGAAAUCUUCACAGUGUUCGCCAAGACACCCAUGAAGGAUCCAAAGACAGGCGAGAUGAAGGACAAGAUCUCCGCCUUCAUUGUGGAAAGGAGCUUCGGAGGAGUGACACAUGGCCCUCCUGAGAAGAAGAUGGGCAUCAAGGCAUCCAACACAGCCGAGGUGUAUUUCGACAACGUCCGCGUGCCUGCAGACUGCCUCCUGGGCGAGCUGGGCGGGGGCUUCAAGGUGGCCAUGAACAUCCUGAACAAUGGGCGUUUCGGCAUGGCGGCGGCUCUCUCCGGCACCAUGAAGGGUGUCAUCUCUAAAGCUGUGGAUCAUGCAGUGAACAGAACUCAGUUCGGGGACAAGAUCCACAAGUAUGGAGCGAUCCAGGAGAAGAUCGCUCGCAUGAUCAUGCUGCAGUAUGUGACUGAGUCGAUGGCUUACAUGAUCAGCGGCAACAUGGACAGCGGAGCGACUGAGUUCCAAAUAGAGGCUGCUAUCAGCAAGAUCUUUGCCUCUGAAGCAGCCUGGACAGUGACCGACGAGUGUGUUCAGGUCAUGGGUGGUAUGGGUUUCAUGAAGGAUGCCGGAGUGGAGAGAGUGAUGAGGGAUCUGAGAAUUUUCCGUAUCUUUGAGGGCACAAAUGACAUCCUGAGGCUCUUCGUGGCCCUCAACGGCUUCCAGAGCGCUGGCAUCCAGCUGAAGAGCUUGCAAAAGGCCCUGAAGAACCCCAUCGGCAAUGCUGCAAUGCUCGCCGGAGAAAUCACAAAGAGAGCCAAGAGGAAGGCCGGUCUGAGCACAGGACUCACUCUGCAGGGGACUGUACAUCCUGAGCUGGCACACAGCGGGGACCUGACCACAAAAGCAAUCGAGCAGUUUGGAGGAGUCGUCGAGGACCUGCUGAUCAAACACGGCAAGAAAAUCAUUGAUGAACAGUUUGUUCUGAAGAGAGUUGCAGACAGCGCCAUCGACCUCUAUGCCAUGAUUGUUGUCCUGUCCAGAGCUUCACGUGCUCUGAGUCAGGGCUCUCCCUCUGCUCAGCAUGAGAAGGUGCUGUGUGAGACCUGGUGUGUGGAGGCUCACGACAGGAUCAUGCGGGACCUGAAGGCUCUGAGCUCCAUUGAAGCAGAGCCUGAGGUCCAGGAUGAGGAUGUGUUCCAUGAGGAGACAGUGUCCAGUUUACACUCUCCUCUCCAACCUGAGAUCAUAGAUUUCCCAGAAACCCCCACUUUACACAGCACAGAGGAAAUGUUGGAGAGGAGGCUGGUGGUCCUGAAAGGCAUCCUGGAGAGUGAAGAGGUUUAUCUCAGAGAGCUGGAAGUCCUCCUGAUGCCCAUGAAGGCUCUGUGGGCCUCAGCAGGGACCUCACAACCUGUUCUGUCCAGUCGUCAGGUCCAGACUGUUUUCUACCAGGUGCCUGAGCUCAGAGACAUGCACCAAAGCUUUUACUCAGACCUGAAGGCCAGACUGGGUUUGCACAGUCAGUCUGAGGAGGGAGAGGCAGACCAUGCAGGCUUUGAGUUGAUGGUGGGCGACAUCUUUCUGAAAAUAGUCAACCAGAUCGGUCUGUACGGGGGUUUUAUUGAAAACUAUGAAGAAGCUGUAGAAGUGGUCAGAAAGUGUACACACUCAGAUCCACGUUUCCAGGCUCUAGCCCAGAGCAUGAUGACUAACGGCUCUGACAAAACACGGACCAAAUACACAUUGGAAGCUCUUCUUUACAAACCUCUGGACAGAGUCACCAAAACAACACUAGCCCUACGCGAUCUCCUGAAGACGACACCGGCAGAGCACAGAGAUUACUCGUCCUUGCAAGAAGCUCUGAGAUUGUCUCGCAGCUUCCUGUCUGGUGUCAACGAGAGUUCACAGAGCAAACGGGAGGUCAUGCUCAGUCACGGCAUGAGGCGUCAGCUGAUGCGGGACGGCUUUGUGCUCAAUGCAAGUGAUGGUGAGCGCCGCCUGCAUCACCUCUUCCUCUACACUGACCUCCUGCUGUGCACCAGACUCAAACCAGCAAGCAGAGGAAAGCAGGACCAGUACAGGUUCUGCUGGUUUCUGCCUCUUGCUGGUUUGAAACUUCACUGGGCUGCAGAGCAGGAGCGUUCGGCAUAUACACACCUUCGCUUACACUCCAUAAGAACGAAGAUGUACCACCUCAGACAGCAACUACGGCAGCACACGGGGGCUAUUCCAGCCCGCAGCAGAAAGAAGCUGGAGCAGAUGGAGCUCAUGCUGCUCACACACUCACCUGUGUACCGAUUGGAGCUGCACAGCCCCAGUGCCAAGAGUCACACUCUCCUCCUCUCCUCACUGUAUGAACUUGAAGAAUGGAGAGAAGCCAUCCACAAACUCACCACAGACAACAUAGAAACCGUCCCUCCAGACCUGCUCACCCUCACCAGUGCAUGUGUAAAACUGAGAAUGACCCAGCAGCCACCACUGCACAGCUCAAACAGCGUGGAGGUCGGGGGGUGUUUGUGUGGGACACUGAGUGUGGCGAUCCAUUCUGCCUGCAGCCUUCAGGAACCAGCCUGUGUGUACGUCUGUGUGGAAGUUGACGGGUAUGAGUUUUACAAUAAACAAGCCCAGACUCACUCGUCUGUCCACAGCCUCAACCCACAUUGGGAUCAGGAGCUGUCGUUCCAGGUUGACGGGGCAAAGGAGCUGAGGGUGAUCUGUGUGAGCCAAGAAGACGGACAGGAUGAUACCGUCCUGGGAAAAGCUGCUGUUCAAUUGGACUCUAAAACCCUGACUAAGCGAUGGAGGAGACAGACUCUACACUUACAGCAGGCGGAGCUGACUCUUUCCCUGAAGUACUGUCCCCACCCGCUUGAACCGCCCAGCUCUUCAACCCAAACACAUCCUGUCUUCUGCGUCUCCAUCGAAACUUUGUCUCAGCAGGAGGGAGUUCUGAUUCCUCACGUGGUGCGCUGCUGCGUGGAGGAGGUGGAGAGGAGAGGCAUAGAAGAGGUCGGCAUCUACAGGAUUUCAGGAACCACAAGUGACAUCAACUCACUAAAGGCUGCGUUCAACAGCAAUCUGCGUGAAGCCGUGACCAGGCUGAGAAGUUCAGAUGUGAACGCCGUCUCUGGAGUCCUCAAACUUUACUUAAGGGAGCUACCAGAGCCUCUCAUCCCCGCUGAGCUGUUUCAGAGCUUGGCUGAAGCACUGGUGAUCCAGGACAUGGACUCUCGUUUAGUGUCCAUGCUGUCUCUGCUCCAGUCCUGUCCUGACCCCAACAGACACACCUUCCUCUACCUGUUGCACCACCUGCACCGAGUCUCUAAAAAGCAAGAUAUCAACAAGAUGUCUCUCCUGAACUUGGCCACAGUGUUUGGUCCGAGUCUUGUGCGCCCCCCUGUGGUUGGACUGGGGCAUGAUGGCCCCACAGUGGAUAUCUCUCAGGAGGUGGUGGUGCAGGUUCAAGUGGUUUUCUCCUACCUGCAGUGUAAUAACCUCCCUGAAGCCCAGACCUCUCUGCCUCAUGACACAGACAGUGAGGAUGAGACCACCCACGUGUGAGACCACCAUCAGUGCCAGACGUUGUGUGUAACAACACGUCUGAGCCAGGACUGACCUUGACCUAUUUAUUGAUUAAAAUAUUGACUUUAGACUGGA